CAUACACUUUUAACAUCUUCCUAUUUAUACACACCCUGGAUGCAAACUCAUUAGUACUUUUAUUUUAACACCCAAAAAAACCAUAACAUGGCUGGUCUUUUCUCCAGAUAUCUUGUGUUAGCGCUUUGCUUAAUCAUUUGCUUAACAUCCAUUUCCAGUGCCAAUGCAGCUGUUCGUCGCUUCAAAUGGGAGGUGAAAUACGAAUACAAGUCUCAAGAUUGCGUCAGAAAACUUGCACUUACUAUAAAUGGAAAAACUCCAGGGCCAACAAUUAGAGCUGUGCGAGGUGAUACCAUCGUUGUUAAACUUAAUAACAGCCUGUUAACUGAAAAUGUUGCGAUUCAUUGGCACGGUAUCCGACAGAUCGGAACUCCGUGGGCUGAUGGAACCGAAGGUGUCACACAAUGUCCUAUUUUGGCCGGAGAUACUUUUACUUAUAAGUUUGUCGUCGACAGAGCGGGGACUUAUAUGUAUCAUGCUCAUUACGGUAUGCAAAGAGAGGCUGGCCUUUACGGAUCACUCCGUGUUGCUCUUCCUGACGGAGAGUCAGAACCGUUCUCCUAUGAUUACGACCGGAGCAUCAUUCUUAAUGAUUGGUACCACAAGAGCGCGUUUGAACAAGCUGCUGGCCUUUCAUCACCUCAGUUUCAAUGGGUUGGGGAGCCUCAGUCACUCUUGAUACAAGGAAGAGGGAAGUACUUAUGUAAUUCGACAACGCUUGCAAAGGAUGAUGUUUGUAAUGCAACGAGUCCUGAGUGUGCGCGUCAUGUGAUAAUUUUUGUUCCGGGGAAAACAUAUCGCCUGAGGAUCGGAAGCUUGACAGCUCUAUCAGCUUUGAGCUUUGAGAUAGAGGGCCACAAUAUGACCGUUGUUGAAGCUGAUGGACACUAUGUGGAUCCAUUUGUGGUGAAAAAUCUGUUUAUUUACUCUGGUGAAACGUACUCGGUCAUUGUAAAGGCUGAUCAAGAUCCUUCAAGAAACUAUUGGGCAGUUUCGAAGAUAGUUGGUAGAGAAAGCAACACAACAAGUGGCUUAGCAGUCAUAAACUACUAUCCAAAUCCUAGAAGAGAUCCUCCAACAAUUCCACCAACAGGCCCCAAGUGGAACGACACUGAUGCGCGGAGAAAUUUUAGUUUGUCGAUUAAGUCUCACCCCAAGUUCAUCCAGUCCCCACCACAAACUUCAGAUAGAGUCAUUGUGCUACUCAACACUCAGAAUGAAAUCAAUGGCAUUAGGCGCUGGUCAGUCAACAAUGUGUCGUUUAACCUCCCUCACACGCCUUACUUGAUCGCGCUUAAGGAGAGAUUAGGCCAUUUUGAUCAAACGCCACCGCCUGAUGGUUAUGACACAGCAAAAUAUGACAUCUUCAAAGUCCAGGAUAAUGCAAACGCUACUUCAAGCAAUGCAAUUUAUAGGCUAAAGUUUGACACAGUAGUGGAUUUGAUUCUGCAAAAUGCACAAACUAUGAACAAGAAUAAGAAUGAUAGCGAGACUCAUCCGUGGCAUCUACACGGUCAUGAUUUUUGGGUUCUUGGCUACGGCAAAGGCAAGUUCAACAAGUCCAGUGAUCCACAGAAUUACAAUCUAGUAAACCCCAUUAUGAAAAACACAGUGCCUGUUCAUCCUUUUGGCUGGACAGCAUUGAGAUUCCGGGCGAAUAAUCCUGGUACAUGGGCAUUCCAUUGUCAUAUAGAAUCACAUUUCUAUAUGGGAAUGGGGAUAGUUUUAGAAGAAGGAAUCGAGAAAGUGGGAAAAUUGCCAUCUUCGAUCAUGGGUUGUGGAGAUUCAAAAGGCUACAGGAGGCCAUAGAUUAGUGAUAAGUAUAUUCUUUACAAUGUUUAAAUUCUUUACAUUAUCUAUUGUAAUCUAAUUGUAAUGCCACAAGCGUUAGAGCUUAAUUAUUUAUUUCAA